AAUCCUGGAUAGAGAGCACUUUGACCAAGAGGGAGUGUGUGUAUAUUAUACCAAGCUCCAAAGACCCUCACAGAUGUCUUCCAGGAUGUCAGAUCUGUCAGCAGCUUGUCAGGUGUUUCUGUGGUCGUUUGGUCAAGCAACAUGCUUGCUUUACUGCAAGUCUUGCCAUGAAAUACUCAGAUGUGAAAUUGGGUGAACAUUUUAAUCAGGCAGUAGAGGAAUGGUCUGUAGAAAAGCACACGGAACAGAGCCCAACAGAUGCUUAUGGAGUCAUCAAUUUUCAAGGGGGUUCUCAUUCCUACAGAGCUAAGUAUGUGAGACUGUCAUAUGAUACCAAACCUGAAAUCAUUCUGCAACUUCUGCUUAAAGAAUGGCAAAUGGAGUUACCCAAACUUGUUAUUUCUGUACAUGGAGGCAUGCAGAAAUUUGAGCUUCAUCCAAGAAUCAAGCAGUUGCUUGGAAAGGGUCUUAUUAAAGCUGCAGUUACAACCGGAGCUUGGAUUUUAACUGGAGGAGUAAACACAGGUGUGGCAAAACAUGUUGGUGAUGCCCUCAAAGAGCAUGCUUCCAGAUCAUCUCGAAAGAUUUGCACUAUUGGAAUAGCUCCAUGGGGAGUGAUAGAAAACAGAAACGAUCUUGUUGGGAGAGAUGUGGUUGCUCCUUACCAAACCCUAUUGAAUCCCCUGAGCAAACUGAAUGUUCUGAAUAAUCUCCACUCCCAUUUCAUAUUGGUGGAUGAUGGCACUGUUGGAAAGUAUGGGGCGGAAGUCAGACUGAGAAGAGAACUUGAAAAAACCAUUAAUCAGCAAAGAAUUCAUGCUAGAAUUGGGCAGGGUGUUCCUGUGGUGGCUUUGAUAUUUGAAGGUGGCCCAAAUGUCAUCCUUACAGUGCUGGAGUAUCUUCAGGAAAGUCCCCCUGUUCCAGUUGUUGUGUGUGAAGGGACAGGCAGAGCUGCAGAUUUACUAGCAUAUAUCCAUAAGCAGACAGAAGAAGGAGGGAAUCUUCCCGAUGCAGCGGAGCCUGAUGUUAUAUCAACUAUCAAAAAAACCUUUAACUUUGGCCAGAGUGAAGCGGUUCAUUUAUUUCAAACAUUGAUGGAGUGCAUGAAAAAAAAGGAGCUUAUUACUGUUUUCCACAUUGGAUCAGAGGAACAUCAAGAUAUAGAUGUUGCAAUACUUACUGCACUGCUAAAAGGUACUAAUGCAUCUGCAUUUGACCAGCUUAUCCUUACACUGGCAUGGGACAGAGUUGAUAUUGCCAAAAAUCAUGUGUUUGUUUAUGGACAGCAGUGGCUGGUUGGAUCCUUAGAACAAGCUAUGCUUGAUGCUCUUGUAAUGGAUAGAGUUUCAUUUGUAAAACUUCUCAUUGAAAAUGGAGUGAGCAUGCAUAAAUUCCUUACCAUCCCUAGAUUGGAAGAACUUUAUAACACUAAACAAGGUCCAACUAAUCCAAUGCUGUUCCAUCUCAUUCGAGAUGUCAAACAGGGUAAUCUUCCUCCAGGAUACAAGAUCACUCUAAUUGAUAUUGGACUUGUGAUUGAAUAUCUCAUGGGAGGAACCUACAGAUGCACAUACACAAGAAAACGUUUUCGAUUAAUAUAUAAUAGUCUUGGAGGGAAUAACCGGAGGUCAGGUCGAAAUACCUCUAGCAGCACUCCUCAGUUGCGAAAGAGUCAUGAGACUUUUGGCAAUAGAGCUGAUAAAAAGGAAAAAAUGAGACACAAUCAUUUCAUUAAAACAGCCCAACCCUACAGACCAAAGAUGGAUGCAACUAUGGAAGAAGGGAAGAAGAAAAGAACCAAAGAUGAAAUUGUAGAUAUUGAUGAUCCAGAAACCAAGCGCUUUCCUUAUCCUCUUAAUGAAUUAUUAAUCUGGGCUUGCCUUAUGAAGAGGCAGGUCAUGGCCCGCUUUCUAUGGCAGCAUGGUGAAGAAUCAAUGGCUAAAGCAUUAGUUGCCUGUAAGAUCUAUCGUUCAAUGGCGUAUGAAGCAAAGCAGAGUGACCUGGUAGAUGAUACUUCAGAGGAACUGAAGCAGUAUUCCAAUGAUUUUGGCCAACUAGCAGUUGAAUUACUGGAACAAUCCUUCAGGCAAGAUGAAACCAUGGCUAUGAAAUUACUCACUUAUGAACUGAAAAACUGGAGUAAUUCAACCUGCCUUAAGUUAGCAGUUUCAUCAAGACUCAGACCUUUUGUAGCUCACACCUGUACACAGAUGUUGUUAUCUGAUAUGUGGAUGGGACGGCUCAAUAUGAGAAAAAAUUCCUGGUAUAAGGUCAUAUUAAGCAUUUUAGUUCCACCUGCUAUAUUAAUGCUAGAGUAUAAAACCAAGGCUGAAAUGUCCCAUAUCCCACAAUCUCAAGAUGCUCAUCAGAUGACUAUGGAGGACAGUGAAAACAAUUUUCACAACAUAACAGAAGAGAUACCCAUGGAAGUAUUUAAAGAAGUAAGGAUUUUGGACAGCAGUGAAGGAAAGAAUGAAAUGGAGAUGCAUAUUAAAUCAAAAAAGCUUCCAAUCACACGAAAGUUUUAUGCCUUUUAUCAUGCACCAAUUGUAAAGUUCUGGUUUAACACGUUGGCAUACUUAGGAUUUCUGAUGCUUUAUACAUUUGUAGUUCUUGUACAAAUGGAACAGUUACCUUCAGUUCAAGAAUGGAUUGUUAUCGCUUAUAUUUUUACCUAUGCUAUUGAGAAAGUCCGUGAGGUCUUUAUGUCUGAAGCUGGGAAAAUCAGUCAGAAGAUCAAAGUGUGGUUUAGUGACUACUUCAAUGUCAGUGACACAAUUGCCAUAAUUUCUUUCUUCAUUGGAUUUGGACUAAGAUUUGGAGCAAAAUGGAACUUUAUGAAUGCAUAUGAUAAUCAUGUUUUUGUGGCUGGAAGAUUAAUUUACUGUCUUAAUAUAAUAUUUUGGUAUGUGCGUUUGCUAGAUUUUCUAGCCGUAAAUCAACAGGCAGGACCUUAUGUAAUGAUGAUUGGAAAAAUGGUCGCCAAUAUGUUCUACAUUGUAGUGAUAAUGGCUCUUGUAUUACUUAGUUUUGGUGUUCCCAGAAAGGCAAUACUUUAUCCUCAUGAAGAACCAUCUUGGUCUCUUGCUAAAGAUAUAGUUUUUCAUCCAUACUGGAUGAUUUUUGGUGAAGUGUAUGCAUAUGAAAUCGAUGUGUGUGCAAAUGAUUCCUCUGUCAAGGAAAUCUGUGGUCCUGGCACAUGGCUGACUCCAUUUCUUCAGGCAGUCUACCUCUUUGUACAGUAUAUCAUUAUGGUUAAUCUUCUUAUCGCAUUUUUCAAUAAUGUAUAUUUACAAGUGAAGGCAAUUUCCAAUAUUGUAUGGAAGUAUCAGCGUUAUCAUUUUAUUAUGGCUUAUCAUGAGAAACCAGUUCUGCCUCCUCCACUUAUCAUUCUCAGCCAUAUAGUUUCUCUGUUUUGCUGUGUAUGUAAAAGAAGAAAGAAAGAUAAGACUUCUGAUGGACCAAAACUUUUUUUAACAGAAGAAGAUCAAAAGAAACUCCAUGACUUUGAAGAGCAGUGUGUUGAAAUGUAUUUUGAUGAAAAGGAUGAUAAAUUCCAUUCUGGGAGUGAAGAGAGAAUCCGUGUCACUUUUGACAGAGUGGAGCAGAUGUGCAUUCAGAUUAAAGAAGUUGGAGAUCGUGUCAACUACAUAAAAAGAUCAUUACAGUCUUUAGAUUCUCAAAUUGGCCAUCUGCAAGAUCUCUCAGCCCUGACAGUAGAUACAUUAAAAACACUUACAGCCCAGAAAGCUUCAGAGGCUAGCAAAGUUCACAAUGAGAUCACUCGAGAAUUGAGUAUUUCCAAACACUUAACCCAGAAUCUUAUUGAUGACGUUCCUGUAAGACCUAUGUGGAAGAAGCAUAGUGUUGUGAAUACACUGAGUUCCUCUCUUCCUCAAGGUGAUCGUGAGAGUAAUAAUCCUUUUCUUUGUAACAUUUUUAUGAAAGAUGAAAAAGACCCCCAGUAUAACAUAUUUGGUCAGGAUUUGCCUGUGAUACCCCAGAGAAAAGAAUUCAACAUUCCAGAGGCUGGUUCCUCCUGUGGUGCCUUAUUCCCAAGUGCUGUUUCUCCCCCAGAAUUAAGACAGAGGCGACAUGGGGUAGAAAUCUUAAAAAUAUUUAAUAAAAAUCAAAAAUUAGGCAGUUCACCUAAUAGUUCACCACAUAUAUCAUCCCCACCAACCAAAUUUUCUGUGAGUACUCCAUCUCAGCCAAGUUGCAAAAGCCACUUGGAAUCUGCAACCAAAGAUCCAGAACCUGUUUUCUAUAAAGCUGCAGAAGGAGAUAACAUAGAAUUUGGCGCAUUCGUGGGACACAGAGAUAGUAUGGAUUUACAGAGGUUUAAAGAAACAUCAAACAGAAUAAAAGAACUGUUAUCCAAUGAUACUCCUUCUGAAAACACUUUGAAACAUGUUGCUGCUGGAUAUAGUGAGUGUCAUAAGACUUCUGCUUCUCUUCAUGCAGAACAAGCAGAAAGCAAUAGUAGAAGAACAUCUACAGAAGACUCUCCAGAAAUAGAUUCCAAAGCAGCUUUGUUACCGGAUUGGUUACGAGAUAGACCAUCAAACAGAGAAAUGCCAUCUGAAGGAGGAACAUUAAAUGGCUCUUCACAGUUUGAUAUUGCCUGCUUCUGUAGCUUCACCUCCUUCAGGUAUGCUUAUGCUCUUGCUCAUUAA